UGAUGCGGUGACACUUGUUACCAGACAUGUCUCGCAGGAGCCCGAAUGUUCUUCCAGGCUACUAUCGAGUGAAACCAUCUCGCCUCUGCGCGUGAACGCCGCUUUUUAGAAAAAAAAAAAAAAAGAAAAAAAGAAAAGAGGAAUCCGAGCUGCGAUUGAGACUCAGCCGCUCUCGAAAGACGGGCAUUUUUUGCAGUGCGGCUAAUGCUGAAGUCAUUCUCCGUCUGAUACAACAGCAGCCAAGGACACGAGAGCACCAGCAGUGCGAGGAGAACGGGGAGAGAGAAAGGUGCCUCCUCUCGCCAUUGCGAUAACUGUCUCGUCUGUUGAGUCGAUGUCGGCGUGAACGCAGCUCUCGACGGGAGGCGGACGGAGCCGAGGGAGAAGCGCUGGAUUUAACUUCACUCACGGACAAACAUAUGCUCGGAUUUCGGCUCUUUUCCCCUUCGCCAAUGCAAAAAGAAAUAUGCAGCGAAGCCUCACCAUCCUCUACACCAGUUUACUGGGGAUGUGCUUGGGUUCGAGCUCAAGUUUCCCAAGUAACAUUAAUAUAGGAGGAUUGUUCCCAACCGAAUCGCACGAAUAUGAGGUUUUUCGCUUCGCCCUCUCGCACCACCAGGACAUCCCCAAACUGGUGCCGCAGGUGGAUAUGGUCAAGAUGGGGAAUAGCUUCUCCAUGACAUACGCAUUUUGCUCCCAGUUCUCCAAAGGCGUGUACGCCAUCAUCGGCCUGUACGACAGAAAGACCGUCAACAUGCUGAUGUCCUUCUGCGGAGCGCUGCACGUGUGCUUCGUCACGCCGUCCUUCCCCAUCGAGACGGCUAACCAGUUUGUCAUUCAGCUGAGGCCCGAGCUCCAGGACGCUCUGGUGGGAGUCAUCGACCACUACCGGUGGGACAAGUUCGUCUACAUGUACAGUUCUGACUCAGGCCUGUCGGUUCUGCAGAAGGUCCUGGACACGGCGGCCGAGAGGAACUGGAAGGUGACCUCGGUGAACGUGGAGACUAUGACGGAGGCCUCGUUCUUGAAAGUGUUCCAGGAUUUGGACACAAAGAAAGAGGGACAGAUCAUCAUCGACUGCGAGACGGAGAGGCUCACAGGCAUCCUCAAAAAGAUCGUGGAGCAAGGCAAGAAUGCAAAGAGCUACCACUACAUCCUGGCUAACCUGGGUUUCCUGGACAUCGACCUGACAGACCUGCGGAAAGGCGGCGCCAACAUCACCGGCUUCCAGCUCGUCAACAGCUCGGAGCCCACCGUCAGCCGCGUCGUGCAGCAGUGGCUGGAGUUUGACAAUAAGGACUCCAAAGUCCCCAAGAGUGGACUCAAAUACACCGGCGCUUUGACGUACGACGGGGUGAAGGUCAUGUCCACGGCCUUCCAGAACCUAAGGAAGCAGAGGAUAGACAUCUCUCGCCGGGGCAACGCCGGCGAGUGUCUGGCCAACCCGCCGGCUCCCUGGGGGCAGGGCAUCGACAUCCAGAGAGCGCUGCAGCAGGUUCGUAUAGACGGGUUGACGGGUCACAUUCAGUUCAACGAGAAAGGCCGCAGAACUAACUACACCGUCAGCAUCAUGGAGCUGGCUCCGUCUGGACCCAAGAAGGUGGGCUACUGGAACGAGGAGGAGAAGUACGUGACCACCGCCAGCUUCGUGAGAGGCAGCAACGACACGUACGGCCUGCAGAACAGAACCUACAUCGUCACCACUAUCAUGGAGUCUCCGUAUGUGAUGCUGAAGAAGAACCACGAGAUGCUGGUGGGAAACGACAAGUAUGAGGGCUAUAUAGUGGAGCUGGCUGCAGAGAUCGCCAAGCACGUGGGCUACCAGUACAAACUGAAGAUCGUCACCGACGGCAAGUACGGGGCCAAGGACGAAAACAAGAUGUGGAACGGCAUGGUGGGAGAACUGGUGUACGGGAAAGCGGACGUGGCCGUGGCUCCUCUCACCAUCACCCUGGUGCGCGAGGAGGUCAUCGACUUCUCCAAGCCCUUCAUGUCCCUCGGCAUCUCCAUCAUGAUCAAGAAACCCACCAAAUCCAAGCCGGGCGUCUUCUCCUUCCUGGACCCGCUGGCGUACGAGAUCUGGAUGUGCAUCGUCUUCGCCUACAUCGGCGUCAGCGUGGUGCUCUUCCUCGUCAGCCGCUUCAGCCCGUACGAGUGGCACUCGGAGGACUUCGAGGAGGGCGGCGAGCCGCAGAGCCCCACGCAGGCCGCGGCCUCCAACGGCGCGCAGCCGGGCCCGGCGCCGGCGCAGCAGAGCGGCGCCGGGCCCGGUCCGGAGCAGACCAACGAGUUCGGCAUCUUCAACUCCCUUUGGUUUUCGCUGGGCGCCUUCAUGCAGCAGGGGUGCGACAUCUCGCCGCGCUCCCUGUCAGGCCGCAUUGUUGGAGGCGUCUGGUGGUUCUUCACCCUCAUCAUCAUCUCGUCCUACACUGCCAACCUGGCCGCCUUCCUGACGGUGGAGAGGAUGGUGUCUCCCAUAGAGAGCGCCGAGGAUUUGGCCAAGCAGACAGAGAUCGCCUAUGGAACGCUGGAUGCCGGCUCCACCAAAGAGUUCUUCAGGCGGUCCAAGAUCGCUGUGUUUGAGAAGAUGUGGUCCUACAUGAAGGCCGCCGACCCGUCCGUGUUCGUCAGGACAACGGACGAGGGCGUGAUAAGAGUCAGGAAGUCCAAGGGCAAGUACGCCUACCUGCUGGAGUCCACUAUGAACGAGUACAUCGAGCAGAGGAAGCCCUGCGACACAAUGAAGGUGGGAGGGAACCUGGACUCCAAGGGGUACGGCAUUGCCACGCCGAAGGGCUCCCCCCUCAGAAACCCAGUAAACCUGGCAGUGUUAAAACUGAACGAGCAGGGCCUCUUGGACAAAUUGAAAAACAAGUGGUGGUACGACAAGGGAGAGUGCGGCAGCGGGGGCGGGGACUCCAAGGACAAGACAAGUGCUCUGAGCCUCAGCAAUGUGGCGGGGGUCUUCUACAUCCUGAUCGGGGGCCUGGGCCUGGCCAUGCUGGUGGCACUGGUGGAGUUCUGCUACAAAUCCCGGACCGAGUCGCGCCGAAUGAAGCAAUCCAUCAACGACGCCAUGCGCUGCUCCACCCUGACCAGGAUGAGUGGCAACGGGAGCGGCGGCGAGAACGGCCGAAUCCUCGCCCACGACUUCCCCAAAACCGUUCAGACGCUGCCCUGUAUGAGCCACACCGCCAGCAUGGGACUGGGUGCCUCCGGCUGUGAUCACCGCGUCACUGUGCCGGCGGUGAAGAACAAGCAGGGUGGGGCAGAAGAAGAGCACAAGCCUCUGUGGACCUCGGAAAUCAUGGCUGGAUGGUUUGACCCGUCUGUCCUCCUGGCUGUCAACGCACCCGACUCAUACAAGUACCUUCCUUACUGCCAAAACGCACUCUCAAAGCCGCUCCCUACGAACUUCGAACAGAGUCACCACCUUUUUUUUAAACAAGUGGAUGCUUGAAAAGAGAUACUGAAAAAAAAAACAAAAAAAAAAAACAAAAAGGGAAAUGUGCUGCAAUAAAGAAGCCGUCAACGGGACGUGUUUUUGAAUUUUUUACAGUGUUCACGUGUGGGGAAAAAAAAAAAACUUUAUUCUUCAGUGUGACGCCUGCGCUGUCCCAUCUCAAUGGAGCUGUUGACAUUAGUCUGCGUGUGCAAUAUCUUCACCUCCACCGCUGACUUUGUGCUACCUUCCAUAGAAGCCGUCCGGUGGCCGAUGGAACACGCCUCUGCCCAGAUGUGGCAGCGGAGGACAGAUGUGUUGCACGACCGCUGUGGUGAUUUCGUAUUGUUUUGGGACCCCCCCCCCUCCACUUCCCCCGCUCGCACCCACGCGUCAUUCCUGAAGGACGCAGUGCUCCGCGUAGCAUCGGCCUGAUUUUCACCAUGUAGUGUAUGGUUUGCGCAUAGAGCUUCGUCAAAAAGGGGUUUGAGCUGAUUUAUCCUCCGCUGAAGGAGGAGGCUUUUUAAAUCGGCGCUCGGCCACAGGCCACGACACACGCGCAUCGCUGCUACACCUCAUCUACCGCGUCAUGCCUCGUCUUCGCACCAUGUGACCAUUCUCGGAAAUGCACACAAAUACACCGGACACUUCUUCACGCGGGGUCAUUCGUUUGGAGCUGUCGGACGUGGGCGCAUUUCAGGAUUCAGUGAACAUAACGAGCGAGGAAGGUUGGAGAAUAGUCUGUGUUGUGUACAGUACUGAGGGACCUUACACUGUAUUCUACUGUUGUGACUAUCAUAGUGUAUAUUUGCAGUACAUGCUAAAGAUCUAAUGAGGACUCAACAGUUUGUGGCCGGCCGAUCGCCGCCGCCGCCGGUGCAAAAGUGGGUGCAGUCGCAAUUAUCUGUCUUUAUCGGAAGUCAAGGUCACGGCAAUCGGAGCGUGCUCUGCAUUACAGUUCUUCCCCUUCAGAUCAAGUCAAGUAAAGGGAAAUCAGAGUGGCAGGCCCUGGACAGUAGAGGGCAGGGAUGACAGAGGGCAGACAGCCGGGGUUUGAUGUGAAGGCCUUCAAGGAAAAUUCCAUCUCAAACUGUUUCAAUACUAUAAGCAGGAUGCACUUUGAUGAUCUGCGUUAUUUUUCUGAAUGUGAGCCAGGGCUCUGAUUUUUAAAAAUACAUUUAAAAAAAUGGAAAAGAGAAUCAGGGGUGGCUUUUAUUUGUUUGUCUGUUUGUUUGUUUUUGCCUUAUUGUCCACGAAUUCAUCUCCAGCUUUCCUGAACCGCAGCUAUGUGACCCCCACAUACAUGUGAAUGCUCUUAAAGGUGAUGUUGUGCAUUUCAGGUGUUACAGCAGCAAUAUGUCAUGUUGUUUACCAGUGGUGUAGGUCAGUCAGUCAGAGUGAAGGCACAGACAGACCUGAUCAAGCAUUAUGCCAUAAUGUCCUUUUGUUUGUUUUUUUUUUGGUCUGUCCCUUUAAAUCAUUUUCUAAUGAAUGACACAUUUGUCUUAGAGGUUUCUUCAAACUUAAAGUGACAUUUUCCUAUUUGGAGUUCUGAGGCAGCAACUCAAUAAAUUCUACAACUAUUCAACCAAAGGAAGCAGGUUGCAAGUGCACUAGUACAGUACAUACUGUACUGUAUUAGGUGCAGAAGUGGCUUAAAGGGACGAAACGUUCACUGUCACAUUUGAGGUAAUGAGUGUCAGUGGUUUUAAGUAUUUAUAGUGUUCUUACGAGACAGAAUAACAACAGCCUUAUCCUUUAAACUCAACACUUUCAAAAGUGGCAUCUGUCAAAGCAGGCAAUCGAAUGACAUUUGUUUUUUUCGCGUCACAUCGCGUCCAGCGGCGACAGAAAGGGCAAAUUACGCCAACGUGGGGAAAAAUCCCUCCCGUCAUCUCACCGAUCCAUCGCUUUGCUCUCCCCGCCUGCACAAGUAUUCCACUGCUAAAUGCAGCAAUUUCAGUAACUGGAUUGUCCCACAUACAUCCAGAAAAUGCCAGAUUCCAGUAAUUCCAGUAAAUCUGAGUCUAACCGUGUCCGAAGGAGCGGUUUUACUUAAAGGUGAGUGUAAGGUUAUUGGUUUGAAUGGGCUCCUCACAGCUGCUGGAGGCCGGAGGUCAGCUCCGGAUUACGUACCGCCCACUCCUGCCGACCUCUCAUCGCACAGCAGAGGCCCAGCGCCUGUACAAAGGCACCACAACACAACACCUGGCUGUGUGUUAUUUCUCUCGUCUCCUGAGUUUCUGCUUUAAAAAAAAAAAAGUACCAAAUCUAAUGUAUGACCUCGUCUCCUUCUCUGCAUCGUCACGUGAGCAAGACAAUGGGCCGUCAGAGUUUACUGAAAUCAUACAUAUCUCCACUUAUUAUGUAUAUAAAAAGGCUUUUUUCUCUUCCCCCGGUGAAAAUGUUUGUUCUCCUGCAAAAUCACGCCUCAGUGUACCUGAAUUAGUCACCUACGGCGAGUACUUUUCCUUCUCCUCCUUCAUCUAUGCGUCUUACUUUGCUGAUGUAUUAAUUAGAACACAGCACAGCUCUCUCCAGCGGACGCUUGAUCUUCAGAAAGAUGUUUUAUACAUAACGGAUUUGUAAAAAACAUGAAAGACACUCGAUGUUUGUAUUACAAAGGAGAGUUGCGGUGCCGGGAAAGUGUUAUACACUUGGAAAAGUGUAAGAAAAUAAAACACACACACACACUGAUGUAGAAUAAUCUAUAGGCGCUAAUGUUGUUUAAAGGCAGUUUUGAGUUAAUUUUAUGACAAUUUGUUGACGUUUCGACAAUGAUUUCCUGUUGGUGUUUUUAAGUGCUUGGAAUUUAACAGCAUUUGAAUAUUUCUUUGUGGUUUUCAUUUUUUUUUUGUGAUUUUACUACCAGAAACCGAAUCACAUUUUCACCAGAAGCAUUAUUGUUGUUCUUAUUUUUUAACUUUUCAAAAGGUAGUCUAUAAAUGGGCUCACAAUUAAAAAAGGAACACAAUAGUAUUAGGAACCAGACUUUUGAGAACUUGUUUUUUUUCUAACCAAAGUGUCCUGGAAAGAAGUCAUCAUGCUUUUGUAACUGAAUAAAGAAAUAAACUACA